AUUUAAUUUAAUGUCAUACAUAGGAAUCAAUACAUCUGGUGGAAUCAACCCUUGCAUAACUUUUUAUGAGAGAAUGCAAGCAUGCAUCAAUAGAGAAAAUUUACCCAAUAAAAUGUGUGCAAUUGAAGGACUUGAUUUCUUAGAAUGUGUCAACCGAAGAAAAUAAGUAAUUCAAUAUUCAAUAUUUUAGUAUGCACUUAAUUACAAAAUUUAAUAAGAAUUGCACAAGAAUAGAAUACUUGUUUUACCAACUUACGAUGUUGAAAAUGAUAGAUUUGUAUCAAAAUAUUAAAAUGCAACUGAGGUGUUUUAAUAAAAGCAUUGAAAUUAUACAAAUACACAGAAAUAUUAAAUAAAUAUCCA